AUGCAUUCGACAAUCACUGAAUCAAGAGCUCUGUUGUACAAUUAUUCGGUCUGUAUCCCAGCAUGGGCCCGGAAGUUGUUUCCCGGAGAUGCUGUCGUCGCCUGGGAAAACAAACAGCUAUCCAGACAAUUAAAAAGGAAAACCCCGAUCGGUCGCCAGGCAUCUGGUGAGAGAAUGAAUGCUGAUGACUGCAAUGGACGCUCAUAUGCACAGGGUAAUGGAGGGGAGUCAUCAACGGAACAGGAUUUUUAUGGCGGGUUGCAGGGCCCUUCGGCGAGAUCUCCAAACAGUCAGCAGUCCUCACCACACCGCUCCCUUAGUGCAAACUCCAUUAAGGUUGAGCUGUGCAGUGAUGAUGAGUCACCAGGCGCUCCACAGCCAGAGAACAGAGAGGCUGUGAAGGAUGAUAGCAGGAAGGAUGAAAGAGGGGACCCCAUGGAAGAAGGAAGCACAGAGUACGCUGGUGCUGGAAGAGAUAGAGCGAGCGUUUACAGUGAGAUGGCCAGUCCAAAUGCUGCUUCACCAGGACCUAUCCGGCUCCUUAAUGGGAAGCUCCAGUGUGAGGUGUGCGGGAUGAUCUGCAUUGGACCCAACGUGCUGAUGGUGCACAAGCGUAGCCACACAGACGAGAGGCCAUUCCAGUGUAACCAGUGUGGAGCUUCCUUCACCCAGAAGGGGAACUUGUUGCGCCACAUCAAGUUGCAUUCGGGAGAGAAGCCUUUCAAAUGUCCCAUUUGCAAUUAUGCCUGUCGCCGAAGAGAUGCUCUGGCUGGACAUCUGCGCACACAUGCAGUUUCUUCUCCAACGGUGGGAAAACCUUUCAAGUGCAGCUACUGUAGUCGCAGCUAUAAACAACGAAACACACUGGACGAACAUCUAGAGCGGUGCCAUAGUUAUCUGAAGAGUCUGGACCACCAGACUGCAGUCAACUCCCAAACAGCACAGGGUGAAGAGUCGCUAAAUAUGGAGACAAUUUCUAAACCUGUGCUCCAGCCAUCCAAUGAAAAAAUCCAGUUUGUGGAUAGACUGGCUAUUAGCAUCACCAAACGCAAGAGAUCAACACCACAGAAGUUUUUGGGUGAAAAGCACAUGCACCUCGACCUACCUGAAGCACCUUAUGAAUUGUCCUCUGGCUCUGAGAAGGAGGGGGACCUCAUGAGCUCUCAGCCUGCUGGGGACACUGCUGGGUUGGCUGGUUCACACCAUCGAGGUGGCAGGGGUAAAGGGGAGAACCACGAGCCAUCUGCACUGUCUCAGCUCCAUCCUGCCUUCCUGUCAGAGCUACGCACAGUUAUGGGCUCCAUCAACAGCAACGUGACUCCUCAGGGCCCCCGAGCCCAUGUUGGAGGUGGGCCGACAACAAUGUCUCUUGGCAUGGCUGGGCGGGAGGCAGGUGAAGGCCGCGAUGACCAACCUUCAGCCCAUAGCCACACCACCUCGCCCAAUGGCUGCCCCGACUCUACAGACACAGAGAGCACAGCAGAAGAGCAGAGCACAAGGGCUACAGCCCCAACAAGUACCUCCAACAACCACCACCUCCACUACCAAACCCUAGCACUGCCCCGCAGCCAUCCAACUUCCAGUCCCAGCCAGGCCAAAGACUUGGACCAAGAGUGGGAGAGAGCGUGUCCUGUACCGCCCUCCAUAGUAAAGAGGAGCCCUAGCUCACUCCUUUCUUCCAGGGAGACUGUGCAGGUGUUAGACAGGGAUAGCCGUCCUGUGCGCUCCUUCCACUGCCAGCACUGUCGCAUCCUCUUCCUGGACCAUGUCAUGUUCACCAUCCACAUGGGUUGUCACGGCUUCCACCAACCCUUUGAGUGCAACAUCUGUGGCCACCGCAGCCAGGACCGCUACGAGUUCUCAUCUCACAUCAGCCGUGGAGAGCACCAGGUCGGCUGAGGAGAAGUGCUAGUGGUCGGAUGAGGAUAGGUGGCUGCUGCUCUCUAAAGUUUGUGGGCUCAUGUUUGUUCUGCACCAGAUAAGUUGCUUUAAAUCCCAAGUGUAAGUAAAAAGAUUUGUGGUUUUAUUGUGAGAAUAUUUAUUAAACUAAAGCAGACGCGAGUGAAAAAUCUUUUCACCGCAGCAUUUAAAGUUUAGUGGAGGCAAAUUACAUUCUAUGAUUGAUUGCACUCCCAUAUCAAAUCAUCUAGCAAAACUACUGUUUUUGCUUCAAAAGUGCCUUUUUUGGGGAUUUCCUCUUAACUUAAAAAAAAAACUGAAGGGGGACUGGUGCUUAAAAAUCUUGACUAGCCAUCUUUUGCUAAGUGAUUUAGUUAGCACUUUUGAGAGGUCACAUGCACAGGCAGUUAAGAAAAGCAUGUACAUUUUAAGAAUUAUAUUUGGUAUGCUUAGUAUGUACUAAGAGCUUUGUUUUUGUGGUUGAAGAGGGUAUUUUGUGUAGUGUGUCAGGUAAGCUUAAUAUGCACUGAGAGCUUUGUGCCUCUGGGUUCGGGAGGAGCUUUUGUCACAGACGAAGCACAGAAAUGGAUUGCCUUAACUCCUACAGCAGUACGCUGCGGUAGGAAUACAUUGUUUACAGCGAGGUUCAACAGUGUGUGAAGUCACCUCAGAAGAGAGAAUAUUUGCAGCUGCACAGUGAGACUAUCAGGACAAAGCAAAAUCAUGAAGGAAGUGAACUUGAAAGCAUUCACCUGAGGGUGAAACGGGUGUUCAGGUUUAAAAUAGUUUUUUGGAUUUUAAAGUGAGCCUUAGAAUACUGGUGCAGAUCAGACCAUGAGCCAUGUAGUGUACAGUAAGAGCCUGACUGAGAUGCCCCAGGGUGCUAUACCUACACGGGAUUGCACUUCUAGGUUCCCUGCUUAUAUAUGAACAUCUUUGCCGAAGCACUUGAUGGCUUUACAAAUUGUUUUCUGUGAUUGUUCUACUGCACUGAUAAAUCGCAUAAUACUCACAAUAAUUGAUCCAUCUAAUUUGCAACACCAGUGUAUUUUUAACGGAGCCGGCCUUCUACAGAAUCCCCACAGCAUUGCACUGGUUCUGCGGUCUACACUCAAGUUUGCUGCAAUUCUUUUGUGGUUUUGCACUCAGCGGUUUAGGCUGAGCUUUUAAACUGUUUGCAUAAUGUAAGUGAAUUAACAAAUGAAUUAUUUAAAAAUGAAUUAACACAAUCAGUUUGGAUCUGUUCAGUUAUCACUUGUGAUUAUCUAUUCAGUGUUGUUUGUUUCAGCCUUGGUGUAUUUAAUCAGCUAUAUUCCAAAUCUUAUCCAGCAUAUUCCUCAAGUCCAUGAAAUGUUACCUCCUGCUUCUUUAUAGCACCCAAAAACCUUAUUGCUACAGUAUGGUGAGUUAUCUGAUAAUGUUAAUAUUGGGAACAUGAAUGAGACCAAACUCAGUAUUCUUACUUGUUAUUGUGGGUUUGCUGCUUCAUAGUUUAACUUAAUUUCCUUUAAUCGCAGGCAAAAAUAUACUUGAAACUGUUUGAGAAAAAAGUUAAUCUAAAAAUGCACUUGGUUUGAUAAGUAGAGAAGUGUGUGUGAAUGGAAUAUAGCAUGUGUGCUUGUCAUUUUCUGCUUUUCCCUGAAUUGUGAAUUAUUUUUGAAAUGUGAAGUAAUUUUAAGAAGUGAAAAUGAGGCAUGGGAUUUUGUCUCCUUGUGUGGACUUUUAAAUGUUAUACGAUAUUUUGUGAAUGAUGUAACAUGACAAAACACUUUACCUCAAAAGUUAAAGAUGUACAACUGCCUCAUUACUGUAUUUCAAAAAGUCAUGUUGCUUUCCAAGAUGUUCUUGCAGUUACAAAUGCGUGCCCCUCGAUAUUCUCAAAAGUUUUUACUGUCAAUAAAGUUAAGUUUAUUGUAAAAGUAAUUUUCUCUAGUUUGAC